AUGUGUGUGCGGCUGUGCACAUGCGGAAGAGUAAUUGAGGCUUUCAAGAGUGUCACUGACAUGCGUCUCUUUGUCUCCACUCUGAUGAACCCAGAGCUAAGACCUGAGCCUACAGCUGCUGCAAGCAUUGAGAGCGUCCACGAGAAGGGGUUGGAGCACCAAUGGGCGCUGGAGGAGGUGGCAUAUGCUAAUGAGAGACAAAUGUCCACUGACCGUGACCUUGAGGCGCAGGGUAUAAAGGGGUCAGUGGAAACUUGGAGCACGAUCUUCAGUCCGCCGUGA